UACAGGAUUACAUUUCUUCUCAAUCCCAAACUCACACACACAGUCCCCGGGCUCCUCACAAAAUUACAAGCACUGUCUGCCAAGGACUGUCAAAGGUAGCGAGGCAGUCAGGUAGCCGUGGGCCAUCAGCUGAAGUCCGAGUAGUUGUGACCUUUUUUAAACGCCACAAGCCCAUGGAGGCCUCCUGUGCAUCUGGUAGCUAAUAGAGACUUUACGGAAAACUUGUGGAUUUCUGUCUGACAACAAGACACUGCAGCUUUGCAACCCCAGUUUAAUGACGAUGUUUCCUUGGUCUGCUGUUUUCUCCCUUGAGCCCAAAGUGCCCGGCCAGCGCACCUCUGAGGAGUUGGUAACCAACACUCUGAUGUUAGAGCUAGGGGCCAUGGUGAAGCGCACUGAACGCAUCCGUUUGGAGCGGGCAACAGAGGGACAACGCCGCCGUCGCAGUUCCUCCUCCACUGCUGACUACAGCUGGCUGGCCACCGCCCCAACGCCACAGCCCUAUGAGCUGACACCCAACGACCUGCUGGAACUGCAGGAUCUCUGUGCAAAGAUCCCUCCUGCACAGUGUGGCCCUCUGAUCGUCAGGUUCAGGAGGCUGGUGUCGCAGAUGGAGCCUGAGGUUCACGAGGUUCCCCGGCUGUUUCGCUCAAUGCUACGCGACGAGGUGAACGAAAAUGAAGACUUGCCGACACAGGAAUUUGAAAAGCAGCAGCGCAGCAAGAGCCUCUCUUUUGUUACUUUUCGCACCAAGUUCUGCACGGGUCAGUUCUUCAAGGGCAGCAGCAUGAGAGGCUCCAGGGGGAAUCUGGAGCAGCAGGUGGGAUGGUUCGACGAGGAGGAGGAUGGAGAAGGGGAAGAAGAGGCCAUCAAGGCAAGGGCAAGGAAGGGAAGGAGCAGGAGCAUGCCAGAAAUCAGCCCUAUGGAGCAGAGCUCACAGGGGUGAGAGUCAGAGGAGAGACAAUGCAAACAGGAUGGUGGGAGGGAGAAGACCUGUGGAGAUGUUCUCGCAUGGGGAGAAAAUGAAGACAAUGAGGGAAAAUAGAGAGAUAGGUAAAAUGCUGUCAAUAAGGGGAAGAACAACAACCGGGAAUGUUGAGGAAGGAGGUAAAGUAGCUUUCAGUAAAAAAAAAAAAGGGACAGUAUAGAUUUGGGGGGGAAAAAAAUCAUCAUUUGGCCUCCUUCAAACUUGAAGUCUUUAGUUCAUUCCAAAAGCACCGCUGUUUUGGUUUUGGGAUUCUGAGGCAUGUGGUUUACAUUAAGAUAUGUUUUCAGUUAAAAACUUGAUUAAACAAUAUUGCAGCCAUGCUAGCGGCUCUGUGAGGCUGUACUUGGGACAGGGAGAGUGGUCAUUUGAGCUAAAGGCCAACGCUUGCAUGCUAAAAUGGUGAUGUUCAGCUGGCACAAUGUUUACCAUGUUCACGAUCUUAGUUUAGCAUGUGCUAACAUUUGCUAAUUACCACUAAACACAAAGUGCAGCUGAUGUCAAAGGGAAUGUCUAUAGUUUUGCAGGAAUUUGCUCAUAAAGCAAAGUAUUGGACACAUUUUUUUUACCCGUUGACCGUGCAAGAUGAAAAGUCAGAGGAUGACCAAAGGGAUUACAAUUCAUCCUUCAGGGACAAAAUAUCUAUAUCCAAUUUCAUAGAAAGCCUUUCAAGAUUUAUCAAAUCAUCUCACUCAAAACCACAAAUGUCAACCUGCUGGUGGCACAACAGGAAAUGUGAGAGGAUAACCAAAGCCAUUAAGGUUCUUCAUCUGGGGGCCGUUAAUGUCUGUAGAAUAUGUCAUGGCAAUCCACCCACUAGUUGAGAUGUAGAUAAAGAGCAACUAAAAUGGGCUGCACUGGGUUGUGUUUGAGUAAAAUUGUCUGCAUUGCAAACUUACACGUGCUUCUCAUUUAAAAGAAACAGCUGAUGCAAUGCUCUCUAAAUAACAACUCUUUCCCUUUAAAAACAUGUUAUGCAACAGACAGGACAGCUGUUGUCUGCAGUAGAUGGGAGGGAAGUAUAGCCAGGGCCACUUAUCUGUAUAUUCAGUAGUCACAGUUUGGCUCCAGAUCACCCGCUCAGUUAGCAGUGCUCUUAUAGUGUGUGUACCUUCAAGGAAGAAAGCAUUUAAUUGAAAGUUGAUUUGGAUAAAAGCGUCGGCUAAAGGACAUGUAAUGUAAUGUAAUUUAAUCAAGCAAAUCCUUGCAACAGGAAAUAACUUCAAUAAUCAUUUUUAUUGUGAAUAUAUGUAUUUGGGGAAAGAAAUAUACAAUGUUUUCAUUACUCCUAUGCAAUUAAGAUGUUUCCCCCCCACUAAGAUGUCUGUUUUUUGGUUUAAAUAUACAGUUCAUUAAAUGUGA